AGGCAACAGCGCCAACAUCCCACAAUGCAAUACAUUCCACAGGGGUAAAUUGCGCCUGCGUCCUGUGCGCUUCCUUUUUGGACCUACGUCUCCAGAACUACAAUGGCCAAGCGCACCAAGAAGGUGGGGAUUGUGGGUAAAUACGGCACGCGUUACGGCGCGUCGCUCAGGAAGAUGGUGAAGAAGAUUGAGAUCAGCCAACACGCCAAGUACACCUGCUCCUUCUGUGGCAAGACCAAGAUGAAGAGGAGGGCUGUUGGUAUCUGGCACUGUGGGUCCUGCAUGAAGACUGUUGCUGGAGGCGCCUGGACAUACAACACGACGUCUGCAGUCACAGUGAAGUCGGCCAUCAGGAGACUGAAGGAGCUGAAAGAGCAGUAGACUGUUACUGGAGGAUCAGACUGUCACUGUUGUGUACAGUUUGACCUGGACGCCGAACAUCUACCACAAUAAAAAUCAUUCUGGAGCUGAAACACCGGAGUCUAUUUGUACUGCUUGUGUUGCUGUUAGUACAGCCCUGUGUGUUGCCUGCCACCUCAGCCGAGUGUCUUACCUCCUACAGUCCCGCUGUAACGGCA